GUCCGGGUACGUCUAUGUGGUGAGGAGUGGGACCUUUGUCGUGCACCAACACCACGAUGGAUGACUAUCCGAUGUAUGGGCUACUUGUUGGGUUCUCCCUCUGGGGGACCCUUUGGCGUCUCCUCUUUCCUCUGGGCUUUUGGCCCACUUUCACGUGUAGAGUAGGGCCCACUCGUGGUCGUACUUCCACCAACCCCUACACGAAGGAGGAGGAGGACAAGAUGGCCAUCAUUCUGCAGGAGAAGAAGGAGAAAAAGGAGGCCAAGAAGAAGGCCUUGAAGGAGGAGCAAGCGGCCAAACUGAAGAAGAUAGAGGAAGAGAUGGCCAAAGAGAAGGAGAGGAUACAGAAAGAAGAAGAAGAGAAGUUGAAAGAGGUGGRAGAGGAGGAAGAAGAUGAAACGCCAUUGCAGAGGAAGAGGGUGCAGUACAGUGGUAGUAGGGAUGAAGAGAUGGAGAAGCGAAUCUCCGAGUGGGUCGCCAACUUAUCCCUGGGCGAAGAAGAAGAGGUGGCGAUGUAUAUCUCUAAAGAUGAUCAGGAAGCCGCUAUGAGAGCUUGGGAAGCAGAAAAGGAUGUUGUGAAGCGGCAGGCAUUGGAAGACGAAAAGAGGAUGGAGUGGAAGUUGGCAGUGAUGAGGGAGAAGAAGAGGAGAGUGGACGCGGCAGCGGAGGCGGCAGAAGAAUUAGAGGAAGUAAAGAAUAUAGAAGAGCAACUGGCCGCCCAGACCGAACUCCCAGCGCAAAUGCGAGUCAUGGCCCGAAACGUUGCACGCCUGGCACGAAUUCAGGCGGAGCAAUAUGAUUUUAGUAGGAGUCAACACAUARCUGUGCGUUCCAUAAAGUUGGGGUUUCAAGACUUUGCGCGUGAGCUGGUAGGCGCUAUAGGGACCGAGGUGGGUCACCGCCUCGACAAGACUGAGCGGUUCUGUGUCGGCGCCAUUGAGGGCGUCAAAGCGGCAGCUCCCAAGGAGGAGGAGGCACGUCCUCCUCGUCGGGAACCGGUCAAAGUCAAAUUCCCUGGUUCCUACAGUGGAAAAAGGGAAGAGAACUUCGACAAUUGGGAGGCCAAUGUCAAGACCUAUGUGCAUCUGCAACAGGUCUCCCCGGAUCAGCAGGUUCUGAUUGCGAUUCACGCGCUCAGAGAUGAAGCCGCCAGCUUUGCAAGGUCCCUAGCUCGCACUGCCAAUUGCAGCGAUGACCCCGUUGCGUACUCCUCGUCCACUUCCCUCACUGAGUUCUUGAAGCUGUUGCGCGAGAGGUUCGCCGAUGUCGCCCGUAGCAUUAAGGCCUCAGACAGGCUGCAGACGAUCCACGCUCGUAAGUGGAAGAGUGCCAGGGCACUUAAGAGUACCAUGGACGAACUGGUAGCUGUCCCUGACCACGGAGUUACAGACACCCAAUUGGUUGGCCUCUUUUAUCGGGCUAUACCCGAAGCCCUCCGAGGGCAUUUCUUCGCAAAGAGCGAAGACCCUGCCACUACAUACGAUUCCCUUAGUCGCSAAGUAGUGGCUUUUGAAGCYAAGUCUKYGUCUGUGUCCACUUUCUGGCACAAGGACUUGGACAAGGGUAAGCAAUGGAAGGGCCGCACUAUCUCAGGGCAAGUAAAGACCAAGGACAACCUUGWCYUMAYCUUAGAUGAGGGUAGUGUGGAUGAGAUCCCCUACGACCAGAUUGAGUGGGGGUUAGAGGAGGAGGACAGCGGUGUGGGCCAAGGGAGAUCUUACGCUGCUGUCGCGGCUGGAGGGAGGCCGCAAGGAGGAAGAGGCCAGGGCCAAGGGGACCGGGCCUUAGGAAGUCGAUUUCAGGGCGAUCAGGGGGUUGGUGGCAGAGGAGGAAACCGCCAAGCGGGAGGCAGGGGUCWAGGUCCCCCGCAAAACCGUCCUAGGAAUAGGUCUCCCUAUAGAAUAGGAGGAUGGCACCCARGGCUACCUCAGGGCCGGUGUCUAGACAGCUGUCCAGAGACUGCUUGUGUCAGGGUCUCUUUAGACACCUCCCUCACAGGCGUGGCCGAAGAAUUGAAGGAGAGGAUGCCCGCCUGGGCCAAGAUGAAGAAGGAGAAUAAAGGGCAGCUUAUAUUGCUAGAUACAGAGAUUUUUAGAAGUAGAGUAGGGGCCCUAGUAGAUUCAAGGGCUACCCGCAGCUAUAUUAGUAGGAAGGCGCUGCAGAAGUUGAAGCUGGGGCUUAAAGUCCAAAAGCUAGCAGAUCCCAUAGUUAGUAUCCUCGCAGACAAUCGUACUAUGGUUGUAGAGGAGUAUGUAGAGGGAGUCCAGGCGUAUUUCCGCCUAGAGAAGGAUGGGAAGGUGGAGAAAGUUCUCCAUUCCCUGACUCUCCUCGUAGAAGACAACCUCCCAUUCGACAUUGUCCUGGGAAUGGAUUGGGGAGAGGCAGUCGGGGCCACGCUCCAUUUGAAGGAGCACGAGUGUAGGCUCCCUAGUUCUUCAGGCGAGGCUAGGACUGCCCGCCUGUUCCAUGUGUCAGGCGUAGAGAAUUCCUUGGCACAUUGUUGCCUGAGCGCGCCCGCAUUCGCCAGAUUGGUGAAGAAGGAGAAAUUGGAGGAACAGGUCUUUGUCGCCUAUAUUAGGCCAGUGACUGAGCCUAAGGAAGAGAAGCCCGUAGACCCUACUAUUGCUAAAUUGCUGGAAGAGUUUAAGGAUUUAACUAAGCCGCCGACAGGCACGGUGCCGCGGCCCAUCCAGCACCAUAUUGAGAUAGAGCCUGGCAGGAGAACUCCUAAGGGUGCUGUAUAUAGGAUGUCCCCGCGGGAGUUAGAGGAGCUAUGGAAGCAGUUGGACAAGCUCCUCGAAAAGGGUUGGAUUAGGCCCAGUUCGUCUCCUUUUGGAGCCCCUGUUCUCUUUGUCCCUAAGAAAGAGGGAGAGCUGAGGAUGUGUAUAGACUAUAGGGGUCUGAAUGCUAUUACAGUAAAGAAUGCUGAGCCACUGCCUAGGAUAGACGAUCUCUUAGAUCGAGUGCAGGGGGCCAAGUACUUCUCUAAGAUAGACUUAAAGUCCGGAUACCAUCAGAUAAACUUAAAGUCCGGAUACCAUCAGAUAGAGGUACAUCCUGAUGAUCAGUAUAAGACAGCCUUCCGGACUAGGUACGGGCACUAUGAGCUUAUAGUGAUGCCCUUUGGACUAACCAAUGCGCCAGCUACGUUCCAGCGUUGUAUGAACGAUUUGUUUAGGCCAUGGUUAGAUAGAUUUGUUGUAGUGCACCUAGAUGACAUUCUAGUGUUUAGUAAGACCCUCGACGAGCAUCAGGAUCAUCUCAGGCAGGUCUUGGAGAAGCUGAGAGAAGCUAACUUCAAGAUCAAUGCGAAGAAGUGCGAUUGGGCGAAGACCCAAGUUUUGUAUCUAGGCCACAUCUUAGACGGAGACGACGUUAAGCCAGAAGAUAGCAAGAUCGCAGCGAUUAGAGAUUGGCCCACGCCACUGUUACAGCAAGACGAUGGCAAUGGCUAUAGACCCGUAGAGUUCAUGUCCGCUAGGAUGCCUUCAGAGAAGGUUGCGACAUCUACCUUUGAGAGGGAACUCUACGCUCUCAGGCAAGCAUUAGACCACUGGAAGCACUACUUGCUUGGGAGGCACUUCAAAGUCUAUUCGGACCAUGAAACGUUACGAUGGUUAAAGACCCAGGCCAAGAUGACACCUAAGCUUACUGGGUGGGCCACAGAGAUAGAUCAGUACGACUUCGAGCUCAAGCCUGUUAAAGGGAAGUACAAUGUAGUCGCGGAUGCUUUGAGUAGGACACCAGAUUACUUUGGGGCAAUAGUACAUUGCCUCGAUAUAGGAAAGGAUCUGCAGCAGAAGGUUAGAGAAGCCUACGCGCAGGACCCUAUCUAUAGUGAGCUCCUCACGCGAGUCAAGGAGGCCCCAGAGACCGAGCCGAAUUACCGCACUACUGAAGGGCUACUCUUCGAGAAGACUAAUGUAUUUGACCGCCUGUGCAUUCCCAAUAGCGAAGACAUCCGUAGUUUGAUUUUGGGGGAAUGCCACGACACAGAGGGUCAUUUCGGUUGGCAAAAGACCUUAGCCAAUCUGAUGCGCGCGUAUACCUGGCCGGGAAUGAAGAAUGACUGCGUAGAGUAUGUUCGCAGUUGUAAAGUCUGCCAGCGUAACAAGUCUUCUACGCGUGCCCCGUUAGGUCUUCUCAGCCCCUUGCCCAUUCCGGACCAACCGGGAGACUCAGUGUCUAUCGACUUCAUGGAUACCCAAGUCUAGAGUAGACAUGGYAAGAGCCAAGUCAUGGUCAUAGUUGACCGCUUUAGCAAGUACGCAGUUUUUGUUCCUUUGCCUUCAGAGGCGCGUACCGACUUAGUAAUACAGAGRUUUUUUGACURUUGGGUUAGUGAGAAUGGGAUUCCACUGUCUAUAGUUAGCGAUAGAGAUAGUCGCUUCACUAGCCAGAACUGGCAAGAACUCAUGGGAGUAUACGGAUCUAAGUUGUUGAUGUCGUCCGGCCGUCAUCCAGAGACUAACGGUCAGACAGAGCAAAUGAACAAAAUCCUACAGCAAGU